AUGACCAUUGAAGAAUCCGUCGACGUCUUGAACGAUGUUAACGAAUACGAGUUCUUCCUGACGCAGGUUUGGGAUGAACCGUUCCCGGAAGAGUUGGCACAGACGUGGAUAUCGUGUGGAGGUGAGAACUACAAAAGCAAUGGCUUUUGUAUGCUGGGACCGGACGUUGGCCUGUUGAGCCUGGGCGAAUCGCUAGACAUCUGGAGCAGACUCCCGAGUUGCGUCGCAAAGGACUACCUACCGUUUGCUACGGUGGUGUCGAACCACCCGUAUUUCACACAGGUCUGGAUUGGACUGAACGGCAGGUCCCGUGAGUGUGCGCUGGUCUUGGACGGCGAAACCACCAUCCCAUUGGCGAACUCUUUGGCAAACUUGCUUUCAACCAUCAUAAAGUGUAUUCAGGCCGAGGUUUAUGCGACUGUUUCAUUGGGCGAACUCGGUUACAAGGGACCAGAGAGAGAAGUCCCACUGCUGCCUGCGUUCUUGUCUGAAAUUGCAGAGUCAUACUCUAGAGAACAGAGCAUCUUGCAGUCCAUGAAUGAUAUGUGA